CGUAAAGAGAAAUAUACUCCCCCUCAUUAAUCUUCAGUGGCACUCAAAGAAAAACAAAGUACGACAUAUAUAAUUUAGGCGUUGGCUUUGUCAUUACCAAACCCAACCCACCUUCCAGUCCCAUGAGUUUUUAUUUAUUUCAUUAUCAGCCUGAGUUCGUCCACUGCUGAACGUACAUAAGCCUAGUUUAUUUAUUUAGGGCCUCCAAUUCAAUCGUCACAAUAGAUGUAACACCCACUUUCAAAAACUAUGAUAUGAAUUAGUAAAAAAAAUGCUUAGUUUUACAAAUUAUUUCAUCAUAUCAAUUGGCAUAACGGGACAACGAUAUGAAGACAGGAAAAACCCCGAAGGAAUUGUAAAUACACAAAACGUUUUUUCCCGUUUUGGCUUUACAAGAUAAGAGAGAACAGUGUAUAAGCAAAGCCAUUGCGUUUGCAAUACCGUCUACAAAUUGUGCAGAUCAUGAACCAAAUGGUCGUUUAUAAUUAAAUCUAAAAUACCUCUAAUAGUUUUUGUUCGAAAAACUAGUGCUCGUAUAUGUUAGCGAACUUUAAGUGAAAAUACUGAAUUAAAAUGUGGAUAUACAAAUUAUUAUUUUUCUGUUUAGUUUUUAAAUUAAAUUAUGCUGAAAAUGUUGGCGAUCAAUGUACAGUCAAUAAUCAACAAGGAAGCUGUAUGUUAAUUACUAACUGUGUCGCUGCCUUGAGAGACAUCCGAUUGACUCAUCGUCAUCACCUGCCGAGGUGCGGCUUCAAGAAUGAUGCAGAAGUCGUUUGUUGUCCAAAUGAACCAGCAACGGCCAACGUCCCGAAAAUAUUUUCUCCAAGAAUUGGAGUUAAAAAAUUAAGACCCGCUCAGCAAGCAUGUAAAAAAAUUACUAAAACUUACAACCCACCGUCCGAAGUACACAUUCUCGGUGGCGUAACUACAGAGCCAGGGGAAUUUCCACAUAUGGUGGCGCUAGGAUACCUUAUUUCGAAAGAGUACUCCUUCAUUUGUGGUGGUUCUCUGAUAACGACUCAAUAUGUAUUGACAGCAGCUCAUUGCGUUCACACAAUAGAGCGGAUAGAACCGACUAUCGUACGAGUGGGUGUUGUGAAUAUAACUGGCUCCAAAUGGAACGAUGACACGGAUUACGAAGUGGACACAGUUCAUGUACAUCCAAACUACAAGAAAUCCCGAAAGUAUCAUGACUUGGCUCUAAUUAGAUUGGUCACUCCGAUCCGUACGUCGCAGACCGCAUUCCCAGCUUGCCUGUACUCAUUUGAGAUAGAGCCCACCAUACAACUUUAUAUUACCGGUUGGGGAAAAACGGAUGUAACACGAGCAGGCACAAGUAACGUUUUACUAAAGGCUACGCUACAAAUAGUGCCACGUGAAAGUUGCAAUUCAAUGUACACAACAUCACGAAAAUUGCCAGACGGCAUCAUGGACACUCAGAUAUGUGCUGGAGACUCAAACGGCGUCAUGGACACUUGUCAGGGUGAUUCAGGCGGCCCUCUACAAGGACUAACACAUAAGGACGGCCAUUACCGUAUCAUUGGUGUAACUUCAUUUGGCAGCGGAUGUGGCUCCGCUGUACCCGGCGUUUAUACUCGUAUCUACAAGUACCUCGACUGGAUUGAGAGCCUCGUUUGGCCAUCAGACUUAGCAGAAUAAUUAAUAAUGCUACAAUACACUGAAAUAAAAAAAAAUCUAA